AGUGGGGGGACUGUUACGCAUCUCAUCUGCAUUGAAACCCGUUCGUCCGCUGCGAAAGUACAGGCUAUUUCUUCUCAAGGGAGUUUUCGAAGAUGUCAACUGAAAUGGUCAAGUUCAACAGGGCUGACGGAACCGAGGUUCCCGCCUACGCCUCAGCUUCCGGACCCAAGGGAGGGCUGAUCGUCCUUCAAGAGUGGUGGGGGAUCAAUGAUCAGAUCAAGGCAACUGCUACUGACAUCGCGGCCAAGUGCGGCGUUCGAGUUGUCAUCCCAGAUCUGUACAGGUCCAAGGUUGCCUACGAGGCGGCUGAGGCUCAGCACUUGAUGAGCGGUCUGGACUGGCCAGGAGCCUUGCAGGACGUGAAGGCUGCAGCCACCUGGCUCAAGUCGCAGGGUUGCAGCAAGGUCGGAGUCGUUGGGUUCUGCAUGGGAGGAGCGCUCUCCCUCGGAAGCGCCGUCCACCACCCUGAGAUCGACGCCUGCAUCGCUUUUUACGGAUGGAACGACGGCCUUGCCGAUGUCAAGGAGAUGAAGAAGCCGACUCAAUGUCACUUCGGACAGAAGGACGAAAUUAAGGGCUUCUCCGAUCCUGAAGCGGCGGCAAAGCUCGAGGAGAAGCUCAAGGCCUCCGGCUGUCCGAUGGAGUUCUACAUGUACGAGACCCAAGGACAUGGCUUCAUGAACGGAACAGCCUGGGGCAAGGAGAUGCAGAAGAAGCUCGGCCGUCCUGAGGUGGAGGACGCGACGAUCCUGCUGGCCAUGGACCGCAUGAAAGACUUCCUUGCCAAGCACGUGCUGGCUUGAGCCGGAGGAUACGGAUCAAGGAAUGUUGUCUCCUGCAUGUCGUUAAGACCAGAAACUCCUGCUGAGAGAGGAAGUGGAAGUUACCGAUGAGUGCCAGGUUGAUAGAAGUGAGUUUGUUGUCGAUGAUACGAACUUGAGUUG